ACUGAAUGUUUUGUGUCUGCGGUAGGAGGUCUCUUGUCCUGACUUGGGAUUGUAUUCUUCAUUUAAGUGCUGGAGUGACUUCCAUAUACAGAAGCAGGAAAGGGUAGAAUGAGGGUAUUGGGUAAUGCUGGUGAAAGUGAUUAGAUACUCCAUGGAGAAAAACCAGGAAAUUCUAAUAUGUGAGAUAAGGAGAAUUGUUUGGAGGCAGGACAGCUGUAGUUAAAUAUUUACUUCAGAGCACCAAUGUAUUGCAGUUGAGAGGAGCUUGAUGAAUAAGUAACUUACCAGCUGGGAUGGCUCUAAUGCUUUUUAGCUGGUGGAGAUCUCAACAGAAGAUUGUAAUGUGAUUGUAGUAUGUGCUUAUGGCAGAGUGGGGGACUAAGAUAACAAUAUUGUAUAAGAAAAGAGCAGUAUAGGUUGUUUAUUACCUAGGUAACAUUAAGGAGACAAGAAUACUAGUUGCCACAUGUUGGAAAAAGAAGAAACUGCCGUUACUUCGUGAAGGACUUUACAACUUCUUCUGUGCACCUCUGCUCGGCCCUCAUCCCGAGUUCCUACCUGACUGUCUCUAUGAGGGUGGUGCUAACCACAGAAAUAGCUAUAGUGCCAGCACAUGAAUACUCAAGAACUCUGUGGUGCAUUUAAGCGCAAGUAAAGCACCUGUAUGCAUAUAUGGAAACUUUUUAUGUGUCAUAACAACUUUGUAUGAGGAGCCUCUAUUGUAUAAGCAAUGGGUGAAUUUCCAUUGUGUUAUACCCCCGUUGCAUAUCAUUUCUGAGAAAAGAUAAAGUAUUUUAGAGUUGCCUAUGUAUGCCACUUGAGAAGUGGGUGUGGAUCCCAUUAUGCUCAGGUCACAGCUCUGCCUGCAUUGGAGGAGAAGGCUCCUAGUGUGUGGACUGUGGGACAGAUGAAUCCCAUCUGAAUUCUCUGCUGAUCUCCCCCCUGCUCUGAAGGUGGAGGAGCAACACAGUGGAACUGCAGUGGGAAAGGCCCGCAGAUUUUUAACUUUCUCCUACGCCUCUCUCUGGGCUCAGCCUGUGAUCUUGAGGGUUUGCAGUGAAAUCCUCACUGAGGGUUACUAUACUGGCACACAGACGUGUGAAAACUCAUGUGUGUUUGUAUGUUAGCCUCAACAGAAAAAUAAGUGAGAAGCUGGUAAUGGCAAACAUUGUAACAAGCCUGUGUGAGUCCUGGUUCCCUCUUGUAUUAAUGAGCUGAACUUCUGUUGUGUUAUGCCAUCACUACAUGCCCUUAUUAAGACAGAAUAACAAAAGAAGACUCAGCAAGGUUUAUCCCCUCUCCGUAGAUGUGGAUUCACUCCAUUAUUCCCAGGAAACAAGUUCAAAGAAUGGAUGAAGACUUCGAAACACAGGCACUUGACUCUACUCUUAAAAGUCCAUCAGAGACAGUACUUUCCAUUCGACUGUUAGACUUUAAAACAAGUUUAUUGGAGGCAGUAGAAGAACUGCGUAUAAGAAGGGAAACGGAAAUUAAUUAUGAAGAUCAAAUAAGUAAAAUUGUUGUCGAGAAACAGGAACUUGAGUGGCAGAAGGAAACACUGCAGCAUCAGAUGGACACGUUGCAGCAACAAAACAAAGAAGCUAUGGCAGUUCUUAAAAAACAGUUACAGGCAAGGAUGAUGGCCAUGGAAGAAGAAAAGGGAAAAUAUCAACUUGCUGUAGAAACAAAAGAAAAAGAAAUCGAUGGACUGAAAGAAGCAUUAAAAGCUUUACAGAUUUCAAAAUACACUUUGCAAAAGAAACUAAAUGAAAUGGAUCAAAAAUUACAGAUGCACUUAACAGCAAAAGAGCAACAUCAUAAGAAACUGAAUGAAGUUGAGAAGUGUUAUGCUGCAAUAGCAUGUCAGUUUGGAAUCAUAAAAGGUGUUCAUGGAAAACUGGAGCACAGUGUACAGGAAGCAAUGCAGCUCAAUAAGAAACUAACAUCAGUGAAUAGAAGACAAGAGACUGAAAUAAGGAAUCUGAAGGAAGAACUGAAGAAAGUAACUACAGACCUGAUAAGGUCCAAGGUCACAUCUCAGUACAGGGUGGCAGAAGAAAACAUCAAUCUUGCAGCAAAGGAAAAACAGUUUCAAGAACUGCAACAAAAAAUCAAAAUGGAGACAGAAGUUAGUAAAAAAAUUCAGGAAGAAAACACUCACAUUAAAGAAGAAAAGCUGGAAAUUCUCAGCUCUCUACAGUGCGUGCAGGAGGUGCUUCAGCGAGUAACACAAAGGAAUGUGAGAAUGGAAAGUGAAUUAAAUGCACUGAAAGAAGAAUAUAAGACCCUUGAAAGAGAUAAUGAGCUGCAAAGGCAGAAGGCAAAGGAAAAUGAAGAAAAGUUCCUUAAUCUUCAGAAUGAGCAUGAGAAAGCACUAAGAACUUGGAAAAAAGAUGAGGAAAACAUGAGAAGAGAAAUAGACACUAUUAAAAAUGAGCUGAAUUCCCUUAAGGGAGUUCAUAGACAUCUUGAAGACUCUCAUCCUCCUAAGGGAAAUCAGCAUUCUGAGCAAGUGGACAGUCUGCAGGUGCAUUCAGCAGUGCAGCCUGUACCAAGAUAUGUGAGUGGUCAAGAACACUCAAAAGACAGUGAAAUACAAGCUAUUCAAAAAGAAAAUGAGUGUAUGCAGUCUGUAAUAAGAAAAGACAGUGAUUUUGGACAUGAAGAAACUGAAGUAAAAACCACAAUGGACUCCUCUUUAAGCACUAAGGAAUUGCAGAUAGAACAAAAUUUACAAGUUCUUGAAAACAGUUUUACGGAUGAAAUUAAUGUUGCUAGCCGUCAUGAAGAAAAGCAAAGGGAGGCUUCUCCCAGGAAUACCCUCUGCACAGAUAAGGAUUUAAUUACCCAAGGACAGACCUCAGAAAUACAUGUCACUGAGCACAAAGAAGCAGAAAAUCUGGGAGCAACAUGUAGAAUGUUCCUGGAUGAAAACAAUGCACAUUUAGAACAAAAGCUCCAGGACAGCACUAAGCCAUGCUACACUCAAACAAGAAAAGUCAUCUUAAACAGUGUUGAUGCUGUAGAAGCCUUCAAGAAAAAUGGAAGUCAGGAGACUGACCCUAGCAAGCAAGAAUUGUGCAUUACUACAGAUGAAUCAAUUUGUACUAAGGCAGAUGUAAACCCAAAUGCUGUACAAAACAACAAAAGUACCCUUACACCUGAAGCACCCAAAACUGAGUCUGAAGCAGUUCUUUGCAUCAGGAAUGCUGUGUAUGAGAGAAGUACAGAUAAUCAUCAAGCUAAGGAAUUAAGUUUUGGUAUCCCAUCUUAUAUUAAGGAAAAUUCUCAAACUGAAUACCAAAAAUCUAGGUUGCUGGACAGUGACAAUCACAUAGGCAAUGGAUUACAUCAAACAGAAAAAAUCUUGUUAAAUCCAAGUGGUUUGCAUGUAAAUAAAUUUCCUUUUAAACAGACAUACGUAGAUGCUGAAGACAAGAAUUAUGAAGACAAUACCAGACACAAAACCAAGAAUGGUAUACUGAGGAGUCCUGAUGUACUGAAUGUUCCAACUGUUUAUUGUGAAAAUGUAAGGGGUGAUGAUGCCACAAAAGAACACAGUAAUAACAUGUCUCUCUUACAUACUUUCAAUUUAUGCCUCCCAAAAAUAGAAAAAGCAAUAAAUGUGGAUGACAUGUGCAGCAAGCAACCUGAACAAGACAGUACUGAACGAACAGGGAAUACUACAAACACAUGUACGUUGAAUGCUGGAGCCAUAUCUCCAGCAGAGGCUGAUGGUCUUGAAAUAAUUGCUCAUAAACAAAACCCAGCAGUUACAAUUGUUAGCACAGAUAAACUAAUUCCACUUAAAAAAGUGAAUGAUGAUAUUCAGAUAUGCUCCAUCAAAAAUGGACAUUCACUGGAGAUUAAUAAUUCAACAAAUAACACAUUGUUAAAAGAGAAAAAACUCUUACUGACUGGUACAGUUCCAGGAAGGAAGUUUGCUGAGGGUCACCUGAAAGAAUCAUGCUCUUUACCCAUGAGAACAUCUGGAAAUUUAGUAAACAUAAGUGGAAGGUCAUCUUUUGAUCUUUCAGCCUCAGAUAAAAAAGCUGAGAAAACUCCAGUAUAUGUAAAUUUUUUAGACCUCAGUUCUUGUUCAAGAGUAAAUCAAAUAAGAGGUCAAGCUGUAUGGACUUCAGCCUCCAAGGAGCCUUUCCUUUCAAAAGAGAAACUGCCAGGCUUAGUGGAAAACACAAACGUUACUUCACAAACACAGUGCCAAAAUCCCGGUGAGAAUGUUGACAGAAGAGAAACAGGGUCGGGUUCUACCAGUUUUAACAGAGCUGCUGACACUUUGAAUACCUCUAGCAUCCACCGAGCCCCCCAGGGAGACCCUGGUGAAGACUGGAAUGCUAUAGCAAAGACUUUUUAUGAUUCUUCUUUUCCCACAGAACAUGUGAAACGAGGAUUUACUGCUUCACAGCAUGAGAAGUCUCCUCAGGUGACUGUAGCUCCAGCAGGAAAUGCACUCAGUGAGGACACCUGUUCUAGUCAUAACUCCAUCAUACAAAAUGAAAUGGAAGAAAUUGAAAAAUUCUUGAAUUUGGAACGAGUUCAUUCAGCAAAAAAAAGAAAAUAUGAAGGAGGCCAGUGAGGAUCAGUGGCAGGAGAUGAAAAGCAUGUCUUUUAAGCAUAGAUAAAUCACUUGCCUAAACCAGAUUUGCAGAGGUAUUCCUAUGGAACAUAGCAUGCAUGCACUGUGCUUUCAUAUAUAAUACAGCAUAUAGACCUAGUCAUGUUUAGAAAUGGAUGCAAUCCCUGCUAAUAACAUUAGUUCUCUGUCUCUGCAAUCAAAUCCCGGUUAUUAUGGACUUUUCCCCAAAGUUAAGAAGUUCACAAGUUAAUGUUUUAAUAGCCAUUAAGUAAAACUAAACGAUUACUUAAGAGUUCCCUUUUG